UGCCUAACACUCACUUCAAACACACCUUGAGUGAGUGAAGUAAGAUGUGCAAUCAAUUAUUUUAUGUGAACCUUUUCUUCAUUUUGUAUUUCUCAUUAUUUCACAAUGUUUUUGCUGCUCAAACCAAAAACUUCAAUUUGCAACUAAAGGCUGUGAACCUUGGAAAUUGGCUUGUUACCGAAGGAUGGAUGAAACCUUCUCUCUUUGAUGGAAUAACCAACAAUGAUCUUUUGGAUGGAACUCAAGUGCAUUUCAUGUCAACAAAGUUGCAAAUGUAUCUCUGCGCAGAACAUGGUGGAGGAACUAUUGUUGUUGCUAACCGAACCAAAGCUGCGGGUUGGGAAACUUUCAGGUUGUGGAGGGUGAAUGAAACCUUCUUCAAUUUGAGAGUGUCUAAUAAGCAAUUUGUGGGAUUGGAAGAUGAAGGUGGAAAAAACAAAUUAGUGGCUGGUUUAGAUUCACCUGGCAAGAAGGAAACAUUUGAGAUUGUGAGAAAUAAUGAUGAUAGAAACAGGGUCCGGAUCAGAGCAGCAAAUGGACUGUUCCUACAGGCCAUAUCAGAGAGUGUAGUGAAUGCAGAAGAAGAUUAUGAAGAAUCGAGUUGGGAGGAUAAUGACCCUUCUGUAUUCAAAAUGAGUGUUUUGUCAGACACAGUUCUAAAAGGCGAAUACCAAAUUACAAAUGGUUAUGGUCCACAAAAAGCUCCCAAAAUCAUGCGGGAUCACUGGAAGACAUAUAUAACAGAGGAUGAUUUCAGAUUUAUGUCAGAAAAUGGAUUAAAUGCAGUAAGAAUUCCCGUGGGGUGGUGGAUAACUAAGGACCCAACACCUCCUAACCCAUUUGUUGGAGGAUCCUUAAAAACACUUGACAAUGCCUUCACAUGGGCACAAAAGUAUGGAAUGAAAGUAAUUGUGGACCUGCAUGCUGCACCAGCUUCACAAAAUGGAAGAGUUCAUAGUGCAUCAAGGGAUGGAUAUACAGAAUGGGGAGAUCCAUUCAUUCCUGAUACUGUUGCAACAAUAGACUUUCUAGCUCAAAGAUAUGCGGACAGUCCAAGUCUAAUUGCAAUAGAACUGAUGAAUGAGCCUCAAGGAGUUAAUCUGGAAAGCCUUAAAAGGUAUUAUCAAGAAGGUUAUGAUGCUGUAAGGAAACACACCUCAAGUGCUUAUGUGAUAAUGUCUAACCCUCUAGAUAGAGAUUCAAAAGUGCUUCUACCGUUUGUUAGAGCAUUUGAUAAAGUUGUCAUUGAUGUGCAUUACUACAACCUCUUUUCGGAUAAGUUCUCAAACAUGAAUGUGAAACAGAACAUUGAUUAUAUUAAAGAUCAUAGAGCUUCUGACCUUAGCUCUCUGACCACAUCAAAUGGACCCCCCAUCUUUGUUGGGGAGUGGAGCGGUGAGUGGAAGGUUCAGAGUGCUUCAAAGAUAGAUUACCAAAAAUUUAUGCAAGUACAAAUGGAGGUAUAUUCUCGUGACACAUUUGGAUGGGCUUAUUGGGCUUACAAAUGCGACUCUAAUUACUGGAGUCUCAAGUGGAUGCUUGAUAACAAUUACGUUAAGCUUUAAUAUUUCCAAGAGUAAUUUUAUAUAUAAUACUAAGAGUGUUUGGUAAUUAUUUUAUUAUAUGUUAACCGAAAUCAGGUCAGGUGUAAUGUACAAAAAUAAAAUAACAUACUAAUAAUGAUGUAUGUAUAAUCCUAUUGAAAAGUUUGAUAAAAGUUGUAGUAUUUUGCAAUGGAAUUGCAUCCUUCCUUCUCUAAUAGAGAUGGUUGGAAUGAGAUUUUCAAUCAAAAAUUUUAGAGGUUGGAGAUGCUUAAUAUUUAUUUAA